UACUUUUAUCUUCUAGAUACACCUGUUGCCAAGAUGGAAGUGAGUAUCACUGCUGCGCAAUGCAACGGGCAGUGUGUUGUCCUGAUAAAAUCCACUGCUGUCCCCAAGGUUACACUUGCUCUAAAGAUGGUAAAACUUGUUCAUCUGGCUCUGAUACUGUAGCUUCACUAACGAGUACAUCACCCAAAGCUCUGAAGAAACCCUUGGAGAGAUUAUUGGACCUAAUCAAGGGAAGAUAUUCUCACAAGAAGACGUUGCUCUUAAAGCAUUCAACGGUCAAAAUGGAAAAGAUAUCAGCAUCAAAAAGAAGAGACCAUGAUAAAACACCUCCGAUAAAAAAAACACCAGCAUUAAGAAAUGAUUCUAAAGUAGAAAUUGUCAUCUGCCCUGGUGGUAAGUCUGAAUGUCCAGAUGGAAACACUUGUUGUAAACUUUCCACAGGGGGAUGGGGCUGCUGUCCACUUCCUGAGGCUGUCUGCUGCAGUGACGGAGUUCAUUGUUGUCCAAGUGGAACCACCUGUGAUCUCGCAACGGGAACUUGUGACAGAAACACAGAUAAAGCAUUUCUUCUUAAAAAAACACAAGUAUGGAUAGGAAAAGCAGGAAAGAGCAAUACUAUCUGUCCUGAUGGUGAGUCCCAGUGCCCAGAUGGAAACACUUGCUGUAAACUUUCUUCAGGUCAAUAUGGUUGUUGUCCUCUUCCAAAGGCCGUUUGCUGCAGCGAUGGAAAGCACUGUUGUCCCAAUGGAUAUACUUGUCACCUUUCAGCAGGAACCUGUACGCAAGGAAGCAGCAGUAUAGCUAUGUUUCAGAAAAAGCCAGCAAAGAAAAGAGAAAGUGCUGCAAGUAACAUUGUUUGUCCUGAUGGCGAGUCCGAGUGUCCAGAUGAUACCACUUGCUGUAAACUUUCUUCAGGUCAGUACGGUUGUUGUCCUCUUCCAAAGGCUGUUUGCUGCAGCGAUGGAGAGCACUGCUGUCCUAAUGGAUAUACAUGUGACAUUUCUGCUGGAACCUGCUCCAAAGGAACCACUACUUUAAUUUUGUUGCAGAAGUUGCCAGCUGUUCAAAGAAAGAGUGAUGCAAAUAGUGUUGUUUGUCCUGAUGGUGAGUCCCAGUGCCCAGAUGGAAACACUUGCUGUAAACUUUUUUCAGGUCAAUAUGGUUGUUGUCCUCUUCCAAAGGCCGUUUGCUGCAGCGAUGGAAAGCACUGCUGUCCCAAUGGAUAUACUUGUGAUGUGUCAGCUGGAACCUGUACACAAGGAAGCAGCAGUAUAGCUAUGUUCCAGAAAAAGCCAGCAAUGAAAAGAGAAAGUGCUGAAAGUAACAUUGUUUGUCCUGAUGGUGAGUCCGAGUGUCCAGAUGAUACCACUUGCUGUAAACUUUCUUCUGGUCAGUACGGUUGUUGUCCUCUUCCAAAGGCGGUUUGCUGCAGCGAUGGAGAGCACUGUUGUCCUAAUGGAUAUACGUGUGACGUUUCCCCUGGAACCUGCUCCAAAGGAACCACUAGUAUAACUUUCUUGCAGAAGUUGCCUGCUGUUCAAAGAAAGAGUGACGCAAAUAGUGUUGUUUGCCCUGAUGGUGACUCCCAGUGCCCAGAUGGAACCACCUGCUGUAAGCUUUCUACAGGUCAAUAUGGUUGUUGUCCUCUUCCAAAUGCUGUAUGCUGCAGUGAUCGAGAGCACUGCUGUCCUAAUGGAUAUACUUGUGAUGUAUCUGCAGGAUCCUGUACGCAGGGAAGCAGCAGUAUACCUAUGGUGCAGAAACUGCCAGCAUUAAUGAGAGAAAAGAGUGCCAGUAACGUUGUUUGUCCUGAUGGCCAGUCUGAGUGUCCAGAUGGAAACACUUGCUGUAAACUUUCUUCAGGUCAAUACGGUUGUUGUCCU